CGCGCGACGUUAUACUUGCGUUUCAAAAUGGCGGCUAAAGCAUGGUUCAAUAUUUCUUCCUAGAAUAGAGGCACACUGUUUUAUCCACAACUACGGGCAUGUCUACUAUUAGUAAACGGGAAUUAGAAGAACUCAAGCCAUGGAUCGAGGACAAAGUUCGCAAACGCCUUGGUUUCAGCGAGAAGUCUGUUGUAAGCGCUGCUCUGUAUUGUGUGUCCAAAAACUUGGACAAACGCUCGUCACGAGAGCAACUCGCCUCGCUCCUUGAUGACUUAGCGCCUCAGUUUGUGGAUGAUUUGUUUGAUAAAGUCGAAAGCAUAAGAAUUUCUAAACACUCUGGUCCCCAAAAGGGAUCUCAGAGUAAAAAGCGGACGUUAGAAGAUGUCUUUGGUGAUGAUAACGCAGACGAGAAGCCUGCGGAGUCUAAAGUCAAACGUAAACAGAGUCGAUUCGACGCUCUGAAAGACGAUGACGAACCCCUCCCCCCUGCCAUUCCAGAACCAAUGGACGGUCCUACUCAUCUUAAUAGCUCUCAGGUGUCGGAAAUGUUGGCGAAUAUGAAGAAGCAGAUUGAAGAGAGGAAGAGACAGCUUCAGGUGCUUCAGCAAGUGCGACCUGCUGUGCCAGUGGCUGGAGGAGCUCCUGUCCCUGUCAUGGGGCCUUCAGCCCCGCCCAGCAUGAUGGAGCAGCAGAGACUUAUGAACGACGCCAUCGAGAAGGCACGCAAAGCUGCAGAACUCCAGAAAAAGAUUCAAGAACAACUGGCAAGCAAGCCGAACCUGUUUUCUGGCGGGUCAAUUUCAAGUGCUGGUAGUACCUUAGUGAAAUCUGGGCUGAUCAACCUUGAGCACUCACUCAAAGACCAGAAGCCGAGCCCGCUGAUCCUGGACUCAACAGGACGGACAGUAGACGCCACAGGAAAAGCCGUCCAGCUCUCAAGCCGAAUGCCUACACUCAAGGCCAAUAUCAGGGCCAAGAAACGAGAACAGUUUAAAGUCGAGAAACCCUCAGAGGACCUCACUGAGAGAAGUUACUUUGACCCUCGAGUGACUGUUCCUGCAGCAGUUCGUCCAAAGAGAACAUUUAAAUUUCAUGAAAAGGGGAAGUUCCAACAAGUGGCACAAAGAAUCCGUACAAAGACCCAACUGGAAAAGUUGCAGAAGCAAAUAGCAGCUGUCGCUAAAAAGACAGGCAUUUCAUCUGCAACAAAACUGGCCCUGAUCGCCCCAAACAAAGAUGUUGAAGAAAAGCACAUCCCAGAUAUUGAAUGGUGGGAUCGUGUGAUCAUCCCAGAUGGGAAAUACAGCGACAACUACCCAUCUCUAAAUGGAAUUACAGCAUUGGUUGAGCAUCCUGUGCAAAAACAUCCUCCAGCUGAACCAAAAGAACCACCUACAGUACCCAUCAUGUUAACUAGCAAAGAGAGAAAGAAAAUGAGAACACAGAGACGAAGAGAAGUGGAGAAAGAAAGAACCGAGAAAAUCAGGCUAGGCCUUGAACCACCACCCCCUCCUAAAGUGAAAAUCUCCAACUUGAUGCGUGUUCUCGGUAAUGAGGCUGUUCAAGAUCCGACAAAAGUCGAGGCUCAUGUCCGCGCACAGAUGGCACAAAGGCAAAAGGCCCACGAAGCAGCAAAUGCAGCUCGCAAGCUAACUCCUGAAGCUCGACGUGACAAGAAUGUCAAGAAGUUAAAGGAGGACACAUCACUGGGUGUCCAUGUGGCCGUGUUCAGGGUGGAUGAUCUACAUGAUCCUCAGCGCAAAUACAAAGUGGACAUCAAUGCUCAGCAGUUAUACCUAACAGGUUGUGUGAUGGUAUUCAAGGAGAUGUACCUUGUGGUGGUGGAAGGUGGCCCUAAAGCAGUCAAGAAGUUCAAGCGUCUUAUGCUGCACCGGAUAAAAUGGGCAGAAGAACGAAAACAGAGACAUCGAGACAAUGAUGACGAGGACAGGCGACCUAACCAGUGUGCAUUAGUCUGGGAGGGAACUAAUAGAGAGCGCAGCUUUAGCGACUGGAAAUUCAAGCAAUGCCCGUCCGAGUCUUUUGCUCGUGAGCAUCUCAAAAAGUACGGAGUUGAACAUUAUUGGGACCUAGCACGAAGAGAAUCUCUGCUUGAAGGGACGGAGGAUUAAGCCAAUCGGAACCUAGCUUGACCUUGAAGGGAUGGAGGAUUAAGCCAAUCGGAACCGAGCUUGACCUUGAAGGGACGGAGGAUUAAGCCAAUCGGAACCGAGCUUGACCUUGAAGGGACGGAGGAUUAAGCCAAUCGGAACCGAGAUUGACCUUGAAGGGACAGAGGAUUAAGCCAAUCGGAACCGAGCUUGACCUUGAAGGGACAGAGGAUUAAGCCAAUCGGAACCGAGCUUGACUGUUACGUGUACCAAAAUCAAAUGGGAGGAUAGUUACGAGAGAGAAGGGACAGCCUGUCUCAAGUGUGAUGGGGAGUUGGCAUUACAAUAACCCUGGCAUUACAAUAACCCUGGCAUUACAAUAACCCUGGCAUUACAAUAACCCUGGCAUUACAAUAACCCUGGCGUUAAAAUAACCCUGGCGUUAAAAUAACCCUGGCGUUAAAAUAACCCUGGCAUUACAAUAACCCUGGCAUUACAAUAACCCUGGCAUUACAAUAACCCUGGCAUUACAAUAACCCUGGCAUUACAAUAACCCUGGCAUACGACGAACAAAGUCCAAACCUUUCUUGUUCCUUUUCCUUGUUCCGCCAAUCACGGGUGUUAGACAUUAAGACUGUGUUUGGAAAAAGAGCAUAAAACUUUAGAGACUGUUUCCAAUCAUUAUUUAUUCUUUUUAGAAGAGUGAAUAGUCCAUUCUGUUCGUUCAGUAAAGGAGAAAAAGUUUAGGCCGGGAUUGACGGAACAGUAUUUGCGAUUUAAACAGUCUCGUAAAGCAAACGGCGGUAAGAGAGCCGCUUCUAGGGGGGUACAAUGAAUGAUACUAGAAACAUGGUCAUUUGGUAACCGCUGGGCUUAAAAUGGGACAGAACUGAUCCCGCUACAGUGCCCAGGCCUCCUCACCAUUGAAACAAUGAUUAUUCCAUGUCAUAAUUCUCUGUGACACGUACACCAAACAUUCUUUUAGCAAUAAAAUGCAAUAUUUGUGA